AGUCGCGGUCCAUGUGGUCGCCGGGAGGGUGGAGGUCGGCGGGUCGUCGGUCGGACGUGGUGUGACCGGUGUUUGAGAGUGACAGCGAGAGGGGUAUAUCGGUGUGACAACUGACAAACGAGUGUGGAUUGACUGAGCCAGUGACUAACAUGGAGAGAAGCCUAUCACACGUGGGUUUGUUGUGGCCUGCAGUCCAGUGAAACCACCAGCGGAGCUGGGUGAUUGACAAAUGACCGAAGGCACUGUUUGAACGAUCUUGGCCUUUGCCAUUUGUUGAUUGGGUGCUCGGGACUUAACGGCACGCCGUACGGUCUCUGGGGUGAAUGAGUGUCACCUGACAGCGACGUUAGCCUGACCCGUGUCAGAUGACAGAGAUGAUGACUGCGGCGGAAUGAUGACAGCAGCACGUCAUCGGUGACCGACAUCUCCACCCGGUGCACUCUGACAUUUCCCCGAGAGGGCAGCCGAGGCAGCACUGCCCCCAGGUCGUGUCCCGUUACACGCGGUACCCGGUGUCUACAGUUACACGGUCCUGUGGAAGCCUCAGCUGUAGCCGAUGACGACCAAGGAGAUCGUACUGGAGGGCGGGCCGCCGUGGGGCUUCCGGAUGCACGGGGACGGCGCGGCCGGAACGCCCUUCCGGAUAUCUCGGGUGAACCCUGGCAGCCUGUCGGCCGAGUGCGGACUGCGAGAGGGCGAGCUGGUGCUCCGUAUAGGCGGAGUCCCGGCCGCUACCCUCAGCACGGCCCAGGCGCAUCAGCUGAUGAGGGAGGCCGGCGGACGGAUGGAGCUCACCGUGGCCGCGCGUGAGAUGCCGUCGCCGCGGAUGAGCCGAAAACAGAGUGCUCCUACUGCGGUGCCUGCUCCGCCCCCACCUCCUCCCCCACCCCCCGUACGUCCCCCACCUCCUGCCCCGGCCCCGGCACGGCACGGCAGCCCCAGCGCUGCCCGGAAGGACACGGUACGUCCCCCGGCCCCGGUGCUGCAGGGCAGUCCCAGCGCCGUGCGGAAGGACCCGGUCUCAGUACCGGGAGCUGUGCCGUCCGUGGGCCCCCGUCGCAGCCCGGUCCGCAGCCCCAGCCCGGCCCGGGCUGCCGUGGACGGGAUGCAGCGGUCGGGGUCACAGGAGGAGCUGAACGCUGCGUUUGAGCGGCUGGCGAUGGGGGCGGUGGCCCAGCAGCAGCAGCAGCCACAGCCGCAGCAGCAGCAGCAGACCCCGCCGCCGGCCCGGAGAAUGGUGGCACUGAGUCGGAGUCGAUCGCUGGACAAACCCCCGGGGAUGCAGCGACACAUCGUCAACGGAGACGCGUCCCAGUCGGCGGGAGACAGCCAAGGUGUGACAUCACCGCUGCCCCCUCCCAGCCCCAAAUCACUCAGCAGAAGUCCUUCACUUCGGCGCAAAGAAUUGCAGCAAAGCAUGCACGAAUCCGUGACGUCAUUCAUCGAAGCGGAGACCAGUCAGCUGUUGAAGGAGAUUGACAGUGCCCUGGGAAACAAAUACGACCUGGGUAAGACCCCUUCCCCACCGCAACACCCGGCUCUAUCUGCAUGUUGUCCAAGUCGCGCCCUUCGGAAGCGUGAUCGGUGACGCCUCGCCUUGCCGUCGGCGGUCGCCCUGUU